AGUAAAGGUAGAAGAAUUUAUUAAGAAAAGAAAAAUCUGGGUUGGUAUGCUGCGGUAGGCUGCUAGCAUCAUAGCAAUAGCACGCCAUUUUCAUCUGCUUGAUCGGAUCUGCCACCGAACGAACCCUAAACACUCUUCCCUCUCUCUCUCUUCAUUUCUCGUUCGAUUAACAUGGCAUCUCAUUUACUCAAUCACUCCUCCAAGAUGAGAAAUGCUUCCAAGUUGCUGCACCACGAGCGCGCUCUUUUGGUUCGUUGGUUUUCCGGCGAUGCUCAUUCAUCCCUCAACCGGAACCGCGAUGUGUGGAAAACUCAAUUCCACGAGUCUUCAGCAAGAAGCAGUGUCUUUGAACCAGCCUCCUGCUUUAAUAAACAUUCAUUUGGCAUGCAGAAGAGAAACAUCUUCAUGGCUACCAUUAAAAGGGGUUCCAUUAUCGGGUCUGAGUUCAAUGGAGAGAUUUCACGAAGUUUGCAGGUACUGUCGAGGAGAUGCUAUGCGUCAGCCUCAGAUCUCCCCCCACACCAGGAAAUUGGAAUGCCUUCUCUCUCACCUACAAUGACAGAGGGUAACAUUGCAAGAUGGUUGAAGAAAGAAGGUGAUAGAAUCUCUCCUGGUGAAGUGCUCUGUGAAGUUGAAACUGAUAAAGCCACUGUUGAAAUGGAAUGUAUGGAGGAAGGUUUUCUGGCCAAGAUAAUCCGUGGGGAUGGGGCAAAAGAAAUUAAAGUUGGUGAGGUAAUUGCCGUAACUGUUGAAGAUGAAGGGGAUAUUGCAAAAUUCAAAGAUUACCAACCUUCAGCAUCUGAACCAAGUGAACCCCCUGCCAAAGAAACAUCUGCCCCACCUCCACCAAAGAAAGAAGAGGUGGUAGAGGAGCCUGCCCGAGAACCUGAGCCAAAGGUUUCUAAACCCAGUGCACCACCUUCAUCUGGAGAUCGCACAUUUGCUAGUCCCCUUGCUCGAAAAUUGGCUGAAGAGAAAAAUGUACCUCUCUCUAGCAUUAAAGGAACAGGACCUGAAGGGCUCAUUGUCAAGGCCGACAUUGAUGAUUACUUGGCUUCUGGUGCUAAAGAAGUUUCGGCAUCCUCCAAGGCCAAGGUUGCAGCAGAUGCAGCAUUGGAUUAUACCGACAUUCCUGUCUCUCAGAUACGGAAGGUCACAGCUUCACGGUUAUUAUUAUCAAAACAAACUAUCCCUCAUUACUAUUUAACAGUAGAUACAUGCGUUGAUAAACUCAUGAGCUUGCGGACCCAACUCAAUUCAUUGCAAGAAGCCUCUGGUGGCUCUCGCAUAUCAGUUAAUGACCUUGUAAUCAAGGCUGCUGCUUUGGCUCUCCGUAAAGUUCCUCAAUGUAACAGUUCAUGGGCAAAUGAUUAUAUUCGCCAGUAUCAUAAUGUGAAUAUUAAUGUUGCUGUGCAGACAGAUAAUGGGCUCUUUGUUCCAGUUGUCAGGGAUGCAGACAAGAAAGGCCUCUCUAAAAUAGGGGAAGAGGUCAAACAAUUGGCAAAGAAAGCCAAAGAAAACAGCUUGAAACCCCAAGAAUAUGAGGGAGGUACAUUUACAGUGACUAACCUGGGAGGGCCAUUUGGUGUCAAACAAUUCUGUGCAAUCAUCAAUCCUCCUCAGGCAGGCAUUCUUGCCGUUGGAUCUGCUGAGAGGAGGGUCGUUCCGGGUUCGGGUGCUGAAGAAUUCAAGUUUGCUUCCUUCAUGUCUGUGACCCUCAGCUGUGAUCAUCGUGUUAUAGAUGGUGCAAUUGGUGCCGAAUGGUUAAAAGCAUUCAAAGGCUAUAUUGAAAAUCCAGAGACCAUGUUGUUGUAAGAAUAAAUAGAAGGCUCCCAUGACGUACUAAAUUCCUUUCAAGUCAUUCUAGGCAGGGGAUGAGAUUUUGUUCACCUGGGUAUUUCUGUUUGGCCCAUUUGGGUUUUGUUGAUUGUAUCCCUGAACAAUUUUUGAUGGAAGUAUUUAAUCGCUGAAAAUAAAUUUUGCAGAUUUGUAAUUUUUUUAAUAAGAGAGGGUAGAUGGGGCAUUUAAUUUAAACCCAAAAUAUUGUUCUCUCACAAUAGAAUGCUGCCCCGUGAUACAGACAGAUGAGUAUGCAACAUUUUUUUUGUUAGAUGCUGCAAAUAUUUGAAAGAACGUGUAUUUAAUAAACUAACAUGUUGACAUCCUCACUUUCUUGUUUA